ACUGUAUUUUUUGCAGUGACCAAUCCAGUCUCCGGGCUAGAAAGAGCUUGACUGGCUGAAGCAGACAACCAAAACAUCGCAUCCGGGCCUCAACGUCUCCAUCCUCAAUGCGGCGAUGCUCGCUGCCAACCUGACCAGGACUCCCUGAGGAGGCCCCCCUGUCUCGCGGAGGGGAUUUCUCAACACGGCAGCCGCAUGGAAGGAACAUGGCUGCGAUGAGGACUUUAACCGCGGCGGGUCUCGUCCUAGCCUUGUGCGCCCUCGGCCUCAUCGCCGUGGCCAUCGGCACCGACAACUGGUACGAGACAGACGCCAGGAGACACCGCGAGCGCUGCAAGAAUUACUCGAACAAGAGGACCGACCCGGGCUACAUCUACAUCUCAAACAACAACCUCCCGCUGCGCAUGCUUCCCAAGGCGAGCGCCGAGUCGGAGGCGAGGAUGCCGAGGCUGCGGAAUCGGCGGCACCUUGCGCCUCCAGCCUCCGCGAUGGAGUCGCUGUGCAAUCGGCAUUUCAAUUCCACCGUCAUCGGACUGUGGAGGAAGUGUCACCGGAUGGGAUUUGACCUGGAGACGGAGGAUUUAAUCUUUAAAGGAUUGGUUGCACGUUGCACGCCAAUCAAAUACUACUACUCUUCAUCAGCAUUGCCCAGAAACGUGCCAAUCAACCUGACCAAGACGAUCAGGCAGGAUGAGUGGCAUGCGCUACAUCUCCAGAGGAUGACGGUGAGUUUUAUCGGCAUGGCCAUAUCCAUUAUCCUGUUUGGCUGGACCAUUGGCGUGCUGGGCUGUUGGAAGGCACAUGACCUCAUGCAGUAUGUUGCCGGACUGCUCUUCCUCAUGGGAGGAACAUGCUGCAUCAUCUCUCUCUGCACAUGUGUGGCUGGAAUCAACUUUGAACUGUCGCGUUACCCUCGCUACAUGUUUGGAAUACCGGAGGACAUCAGCCACGGCUAUGGCUGGUCCAUGUUCUGCGCGUGGGGCGGACUGGGACUGACUCUGCUGGCCGGGUUCCUGUGCACACUCGCCCCCUCCCUUUACCCACCGCACACCCCCGUGGCCCAGAAGCCGCGGCAGGAGAACGGCUGCGUGUGAUGGGUCCACGCUAACCCGAAACGGACAACACGAUGACCUGCGUCCAGGACAGUGCAGGAAUUCUGCAGUGUGCAUCGUGGCACAAAGAAAGCACAAGAACACAAGGGGUAGGGGGGGGGUGGAUAUUGGACAGAAGAUGACCCCUCUCAUGACGAGCCGAUCGGUGUUAUUGCUUGCUCUCCAAGAGGACAGUACUGUAGUUCAGCACAUUUCUUAACACCCACCCAACAUCUAACUAAAGAAAGAGAAUAGCACAACCUGGAAACUGUAUUAAAUAUGAAAACAUAUGAUGUGUACUGUCACAUUUGAAAGGGCAACCGCGUAUCAUUAUGCAUCAUUCAACACAAGUUAUGUACAUGUACCUUUUUAACCGUAUGUAUGCCAAUGUAUUUGUGUUUAUUCAAAGGAAAAAUAUGGCACAUUAAGUCCAAACUGUGUCCGACUGAAGUGUUUUUGUUGUUCUUGAGGUUGUCUUCGCCAUCUGAGUAUUUUUCAAAAAUAAAACAGCCAUGCAAAACAUUCUGUGUGGAGCACAUACUGGCGCACCCACCAGCACAACUGUAUCAAAUAUUCGGCAAAGAUGAUAAAAAUGCUCACUUUCACUACUGUCUAAUAUGUAUUCUCUGACAAUAUGUUUGUUUAUUAUUGUGGCUAUCCAGUGAGCGUAUUCCAUUUUUUUGAAGAAAAGAGCAUACUUGUCCUUCAUCCAUUGGUUUAGAAAUAUUUGUGUCUGUGCCUUUUGUGACAAAAACUAUUAAUGAAUCCUUGCAACAAAUACCUCGACUAAAAGUAGAUUUAACUAUGGCUAAAUUCAAUGAGGUAUUUUUUUUUUAAAGGAGAUAGCUCUUCUGUAUUGACCUCAAAAACUGAAACUGGUGGAGGUAGUAAAGUGAUUACUUCUGCUUCUCUAUUGGCAGUCUUAAUCAAAACAUGGAACAGAGCAACACAUACCAGACACUUGCAUGUAUAUAACUGACGAGGUGCACACCGGUUACAAAACUGGAACAACUUGCCCACAAUGUUGACCGGAGAUUAACUAAGUGACAUUAAAUCCAAAUGCUGACUU